GUCAAUACUGAUAAGCAAAGUUCUCUUUUAUCAGCAUCGCCUCAACCUGCCUGCAAUUCACCGCCAGGCGAUCCAGUUGUUUCAUCCACUGAGACUUCCUUUACUCCUUCUAGCUCAAUUCUUCCUCGUCUUUCAUCGUCUGACAAUAUCACUGUGAUUGAAUAUGACGAAAGUGAUAGUGAUGAAGAAGAUGAAGGCUCAGAUUUGCAAUCAACCGGAGAUUCACUUCCAUCAAGUUCAAGUUCAGUUGGCCAGUCAACUUCAAAUUUGAGUAGUAGUCAGUCGUCAAGUGAUGACCAAGAUGACGUUAGUAGCACGUCCGGUGAUCACGAACCGUUUCCGGCUUCUGUUGACGACAUGAAUAACGAUGAGGCUAGUAUCACAUUUCAUAUGAUUGAGACAAAAGUUUUAACCUACUUAUUUACAGUUGAAGUUGCCAGUAUCUUUUGUCAUCGAAAGUUUGGCUGA